GCAAAUGACAUUCCGCCAUUUAACUUUAACGAGACUUUGCCGUGAGACGUAGGUGAACGGAUUUCUUUGAUCGUUGGUAAAAGCGUUCUAUCCCGACGAUGAGUAAAAAACCUGUGAACUUAUUAAUCAACAGCAACUUCAGAAAGUGGUGCUACAAUCUCUGCGGAUUUAAUCAGUAUGGAUUGAUGAGAGAUGAUGUACUUUAUGAGAGUGAAGAUGUAAAAGAAGCAUUAAGACGUCUUCCGCAAGAAAUCAAAGAUGAGCGUACCUUCCGCAUAGUGAGGGCCAUGCAGUUAGAUUCAAAUAAAAGAAUCCUGCCUAAAGAGCAGUGGACUAAAUUGGAAGAUGAUGUGCUGUACCUUCAACCGUACAUUUCGGAAGUUAGGAAAGAACGCGAAGAGAAGGAGAAGUGGGACGCAUCCUAAAGUGUAACUUAGCCGAGUUAUAGUAAAUGUAAAAUUUAUUCCCUCUCUAAUGCACACUUUUCAGUCGUAAAUGAAGAGCUGGUCUGUACAUAUAUAUAAGAAUAUAUAAAUAUGGUAAAUAAAAUACAUUCGGUUACUUAAAUGACUGCCUGAAA